CUGAAUAUUUUCAAAAUUUUUCUCCUUUUUACAGCUGAUCAGAGCAUUGCCCUUUACAGCUACCGUACUCGCGAUGAAGUGCAAGAGGUUCGUAAAACUCGCGAUCCAAUUACAGGCUUCAGAGAUAAAAUAAUUGCUGCCGAACUGGCAACCGAAGAUGAACUUAAAGCAAUUGAUAAAGAGGCAAAGAAAGAGGUUGAUGAAGCCGUUAAAGUUGCGCACACGGAACCAGCACUGCCACGCGAAGGUCUAUAUUGCGACAUUUAUCAUAACACACCACCGCAGUAUGUACGUGGUAUCACGCUGGAUGAAAGCAUCAUACAGCCGUACUGCAGAACCGAAGAUCUGCUGAAAAAACUGGGAGUGAACGCUUGA